CCCCGCCCACUUCCGGCGCUGAAAGCCCCGCCCACUUCCGGCGCAGGGUGAAUGACAACAUCCUGUUCGUCAACGAGGCGGACGUGCGGGAGGUGCCGCACAGCGCGGCCGUGGAGGCGCUCAAGGAGGCGGGCGCUGUCGUGCGGCUUUACGUCAUGCGCCGUAAAGCGCUCGCCGAGAAGGUCGUGGAGGUGAAGCUCAUCAAAGGGCCCAAAGGGCUGGGGUUCAGCAUCGCGGGGGGGGUCGGCAACCAGCACAUCCCGGGGGACAACAGCAUCUACGUGACCAAAGUGAUCGAGGGCGGCGCGGCCCACAAGGACGGGCGGCUCCAGAUCGGAGACAAGAUCCUGGCCGUGAACAACGUCAGCCUGGAGGACGUGAUGCACGAGGACGCCGUGGCGGCGCUCAAGAACACCUUCGACGUCGUCUACCUGCGCGUGGCCAAGCCGGCCGCCGCCUUCCUGGGCGACGCCUUCGCGCCCCCCGACGUCACCGGCUCCUACUCCGCUCACCUGGAUGCCGAGCUGGGCCCCCAGAGCUACCUGGGCCCCGAGUUCCCCCCGGCCAUGACCCCCACGUCCCCACGGCGCUACUCCCCCGGCCCCAAGGACCUGCUGCCCGACGACGACGUCCCCAGGGAGCCGCGGCGCAUCCUGAUCCAUCGGGGCUCCACGGGGCUGGGCUUCAACAUCGUGGGGGGCGAGGACGGCGAAGGGAUCUUCAUCUCCUUCAUCCUGGCGGGGGGCCCCGCGGACCUCAGUGGGGAGCUGCGCAAGGGCGACCAGAUCCUCUCCGUGAACGGGGUUGAUCUCCGCAGCGCCACCCACGAGCAGGCGGCCGUGGCGCUGAAGAACGCGGGGCAGAGCGUGACCAUCAUCGCCCAGUACAAACCCGAGGAGUACGGUCGCUUCGAGGCCAAGAUCCACGACCUGCGGGAGCAGCUCCUGGGGAGCAGCCUCGGCUCCGGCAGCGCCUCCCUGCGGGGGGACCCCAAGAGGGGCUUCUACGUGCG